GCUUGAACGGAUUGGUAAAUACCAACCCAAAAUGGUAAAUACCAUUUCCAUUUGGUUAUCCGCUUGAAUUGAAUUUGAUUUUAGUUUCGUGUCGGUACUGUCGGUGGGUCCGUGCCACGAUGUCCGUGCCAAACCAACAACUGCAGAUGACAGGAUAUUAGGUUAUGUUGAUAUCUCAGUGAUUUUUGUGAAUGCUACAAAUUUAAAAUUUUGUUUCCCUUGUAUAUUUGGGAAUAUUUAAAUUAGUUGAUAAUUGAAAACAUGAGUACACAACAUAACUGCGAAGAUUUGACAGAUAUAGCUCCAAAGAAAAUUAAAUUUGGAGAGGAUCUGUUAAAAACCCUAGAGAAGCACAAACAAAUUGAAGGAUCUCAGAAACUAGUUAAAAAAAUCGGUCAAGAACUCAAAUUCCUUAAAAAGACAUACAAGAGUAAUGCAAUAAAAAAAGAACACCUGCAGUGUUCAAAUUUAACUCAUUUCUCUGCCCUUAUCAAUAUUUUAAAUACUGUGCAGAACUGCCAAAGUGUUACAAAAGUCUUCAUGUUAGAAGAUAGGAAGAUCACAGUGGAUAUUGUCAGUGAUGGUGGAUUGACUUGGACUAAAGUUAUUGCAAGGAAUCCAAAGUCUGUCAGCCAAAUCUGUAUGGGAAAUGCUAGUUAUGGGGUCAAGAGUAUCAUAGAUCAGGCUGGGGAGUAUGUGGAGUGUGCAAAACUAUAUCCCUGUCUCUUCCAAACCCCAAAAAUUGUUUUUGUUUUUACAAAUGGCAUCAAUUCACAAAUUGCAUCAAAACUGGAAAAUAUUGGGAUUACAGUUCGAGGUGAAAGAAUAUGUGACCAGAUGGUUUUAUCUUCCUCAGAAUCAGAUGCUAGUGAUUAUGAGCAUGAUAACAUAGAUAGAAAAGUUUCAAAUGUUGCAGAUUUAUCAACAAAAGAUAUUUCAAACAUAUCUAAAAUAAACUUAGAUGUGUCUGCAAUGUUGGCAUACUGUAGUUCUGUGACAAAUGGAAGUGCUGUUUUAUAUGACUUCAAUGUACCUGUUCUUAAACAGCAAGCAGAGUGGGAAAGACUCAGACCUCAGAAACCAAUUUUGGAUGGAUUUUUCAAAGGUAUUUUCAAAGAGACCAUGCUGUGUUCAUACCACAGCCAACCUUCACAUGUUGUAGGUAAAACAUUGUACUGUUGUCAAACUGCUAUCGAUAACUUCAUCAAUAUUGUGGAUACUGUAGGAGGUCCCAAUGAAAGAAAACGAGCUAAAGAUCUAAUAGACAGGUUGACUGUGUUACCUGAUAAUGCUAAUUGCAAAAUGACUAGUGAAAAUGAUAAUCAUCAGGAAUUAUUCAAUAAAGUGCAAUAUACAGAACAAAAAGCCCUGGAUAUUGGUGGUAAAAUUAAACAGAGAUCCUUGACUAUAUUCACAUUUGGUGAUAGAAUACAGGCUGUAACAGUUACAGCAAAUGAUGGAUUUGUAAGAUCAGCUAAACAACAAGGAAUCAAUUUUGUUGUAUACAUCCAUGAAUCUAGGGCGUUAACUGAACAGAAAGAAAUGGCUAAAGCUAUUCCUCUAAAUAGCAAUAAAACUUGAAAUACGUAUAUUUAUAUACUUUGCUUGUUUUAUGUAUUUAUAAAUGCUAGAGAAGUAUUUUCUAAAAUGAUUGUGAUAUAUUUUGUUGAAUUUAUUUUCCAUGAUCUAAAUAAAUCAAUUAUCAUCAAACCCAUUUCAAGUUUAUCGCUAUAAAUCAGAAUAGAAAGUAUCAUAAAAUUUAUAAAACUAAUCUUGUUGUAGAGGUUAUAAAAUGUGGUUAAUGGGUACUGAGUUAUUUCUCAAAGAAAGGGGUGCUUAUCAUUUGAAUAUUUUAUGUAGUUACUGCCGAUUAGAUCUAUGAUAUUAAUUUAACCGAUUUAUAGGAAUUAUGGAUGUUGCUCCGAAAAGAAUUCUAGAAAAUUAUCCUAACUACUUGGCCAUAAAUGCAUAGAAAGUAGCAUGGCAGUCGCUAAUUAUUUUCAUAAGUGCUGUCAGUUUUAGCUUAUAUAUCUUGAAAAUAUUAAUUAUGGGAAAUGUCAAGAACAUUAUGUUUUGUGAUAUUAUUGAAUGUAUGACCAUCGUUGGCCAAG